UUUUAAUUUUUUGUGUCAUUUUUCAGAUAGCUGCAAGUCUUGACAAAGCUCUGAACAUAGCACUAAAGCAAGCAACUUCUGCCAAUCAACAUGUGUACAAAAUCUCUUUGGUUAAAGGAUUACCGUUUUACGGAUUUCACGACAAAGACCACCUUUACCUUAAGAUAUUCCUCUACAGUCCUAACUUAAUAAAACAAGCAGUAGAACUGUGUAGCAAUGGCGCUAUAUUGGGCCAAUCAUUCCAACCUCAUGAGUCCCAUUUGAAUUUCACGCUACAAUUCUUUAUAGACUUCAAUCUGUUUGGUAUGAGUAACAUUGAUUUACAAACAGUGAAAUUUAGAAGAUCUGGGCUAUCUCAGAAUAGUAAUGAACCAGUGAUAAGCGAUGAUGAAUUCCAUUUGAAACCUGAAAGCAUGUGUCACUUCGAAGCCGACUGCAUUGCUUCGCACAUAAUAAACCGACAAAGAAUUGGCAAAGGAGAUGGAAUAGAAAACCCAGGCUUAGAAGAAGUAUGGCACCAAGAAAUGGAACGAAGAAAACAAUUGAAUGUCUCAAUAGGUUCCAAAACUUUAACUCAAGCAAGAUUUGAUACAGAUCAAACCGAGACACAUUACAAGUUUGAGAAGAUGAUUUUGGUGAAAAUAUCUGGUUUGAUUGACAAACCUGUUGAGAGUGAUUUGAACAAUGAACUAAAACCGAAGGAUGAUUUACAGAAUAAAAGUGAAACUAAUAAACCAAAGGAACCAGUACAUUAUCCGGCGGAAAGUCUAGAAGGAACACAACUGUUUAAUGCCGUUGAUGUUAGUAUGCAUCUCCCAGAGAAUUUUGGUACCAAUGAUAGUAUACGGAAAAGCUUAGAUGAAACUCUGGUUGGCGAUGCAGAUGAUACUAUUGUGGAUGAGAAUGUCGCUUUGAAUUGUAGUCUCUCGUUGCAUUACAGUCAAGUUCAUUUGGAUAAUGACGAUCUCGAGCUAGUAGAUAUGCUUCAAGACAUGGAUGAAAAACCUAUAGAAGAAGACAGCGUCAUGGGAACCCCAGCUGAAGCAGAAAAGUACGAAGAGGAUUCCGAUGACGCUGAUUACUCGCAAGCUUUCGAUGAUGAUACGAUUCUUUUACAUCCUUUCGAAAGUAAAGAUGAUAAUGAGGAAAGUUCACCGAACUGGAAUGAUUCCUUCUGGGAUGGAGCAAAUAUACCACAGCUUGAUGGAACAUGUGACGAUGAACAUAUUAAAAAAGUUAGAAAAAGGAAAACAAGGCCAUUCAAAUUAGGAUUAUCGAGACCUAAGAAUAAAAAAGGAAUGAAAUCAAACCUUCAUGUAGAAAACUCUUCAAAAACUGAUAAUAAUAACGAUUUAGACGAAAUCAAUGCUUCCAGAGAAACCAUAGAUAGUAUUUCUGAUUUACAUCUUAAAAGGACAGUUAAGGCAGAUAUUCCAAGUGCGCUUGACAAUUCUAUAAAUACGGAUUGCGAAAGUGUAAGUAAGCACCAAAAGACUAAUGAGUCUAUAUUAGAUUUAGUUAACAAAAUAUCAGUCAAACAUGAAAUGACAUUAGGAGCUGCCGAGAUAUAUGAUAUCAAUAAGCAAUUUGAACCAGUAGCUGGACCUUCUAGAAUUAAUCUAGCUAAUGAUAGUACCAAUAAAAUAAAUGAUGACUUUAGUGAUUCUUAUGAGUCUACACCCGAAAAUGGAAAAGGAAUCGUGAGUUUUUAUAAUAUGUCCAAAAUAUUCGAUAUAUCAUUAGAAGCCAGUCAAACAAACGAACACAUAAAUCAUUCGAUGGAGAUUUGUAAUGAAAUGCACAUGCAUACCUCUGUAUUGGAAGAAAACAAAUGGGAGCGUGUUACAAAAAACGUACAAGAUGAAGUAACUAAUUGUUUUGACAAUCAUAAUAUGAAACAAGAAAUGAAUAUAUCUACAAUUGAAGAAAACCGACAAGUCCAAAUAGAAAUCUCACCAAAAGUUACGCACACCCAACAGAAGACAAAUACAGUAAUAAUAACACCAAAAAUAAGGCCGCCAACAAACAGGUACAUCGUCACCACAUUAGACAAUUACAAAAUACCCAAACACAAAAACCCUGAACCUUAUUUUUCGGACCAUAAAGACGUUGGAGAAAAAGUAGAAAUCGGACAAUUAGUACUGAAACUGCAAAGUAAAUUAGCUAGAGAUCAAAAGCCUUUAGAAAAAGUGUUGAACACAACAAGCAUAGAAGAGUGGCGACAACUCAUCUUUUUGCAAACAAAUGAAAUGUGUGAAGAGACAAAACCAGAAUUGUUAAAAACUUUAUUAGCUGGAAAUAAACAGUGUAUUUUACAACCAGUGAAAAGGUCUCCUUUACGAAGCGAAGUUAUUAGAUGGUUAAAUAGCAAUAAUGAGAUGCUAGUAAAUAAAGUGGAACAUACUGAAAUAAGCAAAAAUGUAGAUGAUUUGGAAAAUUCGCAAGCUAUUGGUUUGAAUGAAAAUGAAAUUAAUAGCAGUAUAAGUUUAGAAGCUCAGGAUAAGGAUAUAACAAAUUUAAAUUCACUUCAAGUUACAAUGCAACCAGACGGAUCCUUUCUUUGUUUUGGAAACAGUGAAAGUACAAAGGAGAACAGCAGUAUCGAAUCACCUACUGUUGAAGUCGACUUCCUAACUCUAAUGUUAAUAGAAGUACAUGCAUCGAUAAGAGGAGAAUUACACCCCGAUCCGACAAUAGAUCCUAUACAAGCAGUCUUUAUUACAAUCACUAACGAUUGCCCUCCGAAUCAUACAUUACCUAAGUCAGAAACUGAAAUCCUUGUCGUCGACGAUAGGACGCCACCAAAAUUACUACAUAGAUGUGUAUUUGAUACUGAUAUUAGUUACGUUGAUAGCGAAAAUGACAUUCUGGAAAGAGUUAUUCAAUUAGUGAAAAAACAUGAUCCAGACAUCAUGUGUGGUUAUGAAAUUGAAAUGAAUUCCUGGGGAUACAUUCUAGAACGGGCACAAGUGUUAGGCUUGGAAAUUGUUAAGGAGAUUUCAAGAAUAACAGAAAAAUAUCGACAGAAAAAAAUGAGGAACGAAGAAAAUGAUUUCGAAGGUAGAAUCAUUGGAAGGGUCAUGUUCAAUGUUUGGAGAUUAUUUCGACAUGAACUAGCGUUAUCCAGUUACAGUUUUGAGAAUUGUAUGUACGAAGUUUUGAAUGAGAGAGUACCGAAGUAUAGCUAUGCGCAGUUAUCGGAAUGGUGGAAUGAGGAAUCGAGGAUUCUAAGAUGGAUUCCAGUGGAAUAUUAUUUGACCAAAUUGUCCGGCACUUUGAGGAUGUUGGAGAAGCUGGAUAUUAUCAAUCGUACAUCAGAGUUGGCAAGACUAUUCGGACUUCAAUGGUGGGAAGUACUAUCACGAGGGUCACAGUUCCGAGUGGAGUCGCUUAUGCUCCGCGCUGCCAGGCCCUUGAAUCUAGUUGCGUUGUCGCCUACAGUGAGACAGCGGGCUGCGAUGCGGGCACCAGAAUGCUUACCUCUAAUUUUUGAACCAGAAUCCCGGUUUUACUCGGAUCCAAUGAUAGUCCUGGACUUCCAGAGUCUGUAUCCGUCGAUGAUGAUCGCGUAUAACUAUUGCUUUUCUACUUGCAUUGGCCGCGUACAGAACAUUACUGGUGACGCAGCCUACGAAUUCGGAGCAUGGCGUCUUAAAAUUCCUAAAAUAAAAUUAGAAACGCUAAUCAAAAACGGGUACGUAAACUGGUCACCCGUGGGAGUUGGGUUCGUGAAGCCAUCAGUACGAAGGGGCAUACUGCCAGCUUUGCUGCGCAGGAUUUUGGCUGCAAGACAGGCCGUGAAGAAGGGAAUGAAGCUGCAAACCGAUGAGGGAGUUAAAAAGGCCAUGCAUUCCAGACAACUGGGUCUCAAGCUAAUAGCAAAUGUGACGUAUGGAUACACGGCGGCGAACUUCAGCGGGCGAAUGCCGUGCGUGGAAGUGGGGGACAGUGUGGUGGCUAAGGGGCGAGAGACGCUCGAACGGGCGAUCAAACUGGUGCGGGACAGUAGCUGGAAUGCUAAGGUAAAGCUGGACGCUGGAAUGGUAAG